UAGCUUUUCUAAGUGUUUAUUAUGUGAACUGAUGAAGUUAACGAGAUAAGUUUAGAAGUAGUGAUUAUUCUGGUCGAAAUUUCGAUGAAAGAGAGGUUCUGAGCCCUGUGGUUCCGUGUGGAGGUCCCGGAGCCCGGAGUGCUGUAAUACAGAGCUGUGGUACUGUAUCUCAGGCUCUUGCGCGUGUGGUGACCUAGUAUGCGCAGUGCGUUAUGCGCUGUUACGGAUCUUUAGCGGGGGAGGAACAAAGGACAGGCGACAACGGUGGAUAAUCGCCUAAUCGGGCAUGUGCUAAACCAUCGCUGGCUCCGGUAUGGCUCCGGUAUGGCUCGGCAGGUUUCUACGUUCCUGUCUUGCGUUGCGACCGCACUGGUUUGAUGCAAACAAAUCGACCAAAGGAGCCAGCAAGCUACGAAGAGACCUAAUAAAUGCAGAAAUAGCAAAUUUACGUGAGUUAUUACCUUUACCACCAUCGACGAGGCAAAGGCUUUCACAACUGCAGCUUAUGGCACUAGUCUGUGUAUAUGUCAGGAAAGCUAAUUAUUUUCAACAAGCAUUCAAAUGCCAUGAUGUGGGAUUGCACCAGUCACCAACACCCAACAUCGGAUUUUCAAAGAUUGUUUUGUUUCAGGCAUUGAACGGCUUUCUGAUGAUGAUGACUCAAAAUGGUAAGCUGUUGUAUAUAUCGGACAAUGCUGCGGAGUACCUGGGACAUUCCAUGGUGAGUGUUUUACAGGAGGACCUGUUGAUCCAUGGAGAUAGUGUAUACGAUAUUAUAGAUAAGCAGGAUCACCAAGCAAUUCAAUGCGAAUUGGGACGGCCAGUAAAUUCAGGAUCAAAUUCUAGCACUAGUGAAGAAAUUCGUUUAUUUUUAUGUAGGAUGAAUGUUUCUAGAAACGCAAGGCGGCAAAUGAGGUUCGGGGACCAAAAGGUAGUGCUGGUGCAGGGUCGAUACUUGUCGUUUUUGCCAUUAUGCAGUCGAAACGAACCAGUCUUCCUGGCCACCUGUACGCCAGUGGCGAUGCCAGAAACCAGAGAGUGUGUCGUGCAGGGCGCCACCAACGUCUUCACUUCAGUACACUCGAUGGAUAUGCGAUUUAUCCACAUCGACAACAACGGCGAAUUCUACUUGGGUUUUCCGCGCGCCGAUCUGCAGGGGGUGUCCUGGUACCGGCUGCUGCAUUGGGAAUGCACGCGUGAGGCCCAGACAAAACACCGACUGAUCACCCAAUCGGAACAGGAGCGGUCGUGUAUUCUGCUAGCGCAGUUUCAGCGACGCUCCGGUGACUGGAUUUGGAUGCACUGCGUCCUGCAAGUCAAAGAAAGCUCCGAAAGCAGUCAGCAGCCCGUCAUCGUCUGCACCAACCAAGUGCUGAGCGAGGCCGAAGCGGCCGUCAUGCGGACCAACAACUGGCUCUAUCACUAUUAUUCCGUGCAAAACAAACUCCAGUAUGGUCUCGCCUAUGACAUUGGACCACCCUCACGGCUCCUCUACUACCCGGAAAACCCACCCGGGCAGGAAUUCACCGGUAGCCACGAGGGCGCGGGCUAUCCGAAUUUGAGCGCAAUGCCGGCGUCCAUCCAAACCCACCUCACGCAUCGCUCAACACACACCCAUUCGCACCAUAGUCAGCACCACCAUCAACAUCGGCGUGUGGAUUCCGAACCAGUAGAUUAUUCCUACAGUAAGAGAAAACCCAAAGAACUUGAAAGCCUCGAAUUGAGUGCGGAAUCCUCCGAUGUUGAAGGUGGCGGCAGUACUGGACUCCUAAUAAUCUCGCAUGUAACGGAACGUCCGAGAACUCUCCUCAAAGUCGAUCCGAGCGAACUCAUGGACCAGUGGAACCCGAGUCCACCGUGGUCCGACACCUUGCAAAAAGUUCCUGAUCUAUGCCACCAGGAGUUAAGCCCGUACGUGGGAAGCGCGCCGCCAACCCCAACGGCAACUCCCAGCACACAAACCGGCAGCGCGUUCUCCUUUGACUGGAUGCCGGAACAAUACGUCCCGUCUAUUACGACAGUGCCGUCGGCAGACGACGCCGAAAGGCAGAUCUAUUGGCCGUCCGAACACAGAUUGUUCCCUCUACAGCCGCCUCCGAAGAGAAAUCACCAACAUUCAAGGCGUUCGGAGUCGGCUGAUCGUGAUACUCCUUAGUAUUAGCGGACGAUGUAGGCCCAGUGCAAUACUACCGAAUUUAGCUUAUUUAUUUUUAUCCAUUAGAAAAGGCAACGCACUUAUUGUUAUUGUUCCUAUUACACAAAUAUUCCAGCGGAAACUUAGUAAGUAUAAAACCAAAGUCACUGGCGUUAUUAACUUUUAUUGCUGUUCAAAGUAACACAAGUUUUGUCGCUAGUCACUUCACAAAAUAAGCAUUUACUCGUCGAACGUCUCAAUUUUAACCCUGAUUU